GAAGGGAUCAGCAAGAUGGAGGCAGGAGCCACCUCCUUCUUCUACCUUAUGCUCUUCCCUGAUUAGACUCAGAACAUUGGUAUCUCAUCUAGACAGGAAACAAGUUAAGCGUCUGGUUUCCAUGCUACUUUCAACAGGAAGCCAUGCAGCCACUCCAAUUUCCAUACAAGAACUACAGCAGUAGGUUACCCAUACCUUCCCUUGGCUUUGCUGCUCUGCUGCUGAUCUCUUUGGCCACCCUCACCAGCUCUUGCACAGAGCAGGAGAAGAACUCCCUCCUCCAGUUCGUCUCUGGGCUCUCACAGGAUGCUGGCCUUGCAAAGUUAUGGCAGGAAGACACAGAUUGCUGCAAUUGGGAAGGCAUCACCUGCAACGGAAACAAAACAGUUAUUGAUGUCUCUCUAGCAUCUAGAGGCCUUGAGGGGCACAUAUCACAAUCCCUUGGGAACCUCACCGGACUGCAGCAGGUUAACUUGUCCUACAAUUCGCUGUCUGGUGGCCUGCCGCUGGGAUUGGUGUCAUCCAGCAGCAUCAUUGUCCUCGAUGUGAGCUUCAACCAGCUCAACGGAGACCUGCACGAGUUGCCUUCUUCAAUCCCUGGACGGCCUCUACAGGUACUUAAUAUCUCAAGCAACUUGUUUACUGGGCAGUUUGCAUCCACUACAUGGAAGGGGAUGCAGAAUUUGAUUGCACUCAAUGCCAGCAACAAUAGCUUUACUGGGCAUAUUCCAAGUCAUUUCUGUAACAUAUCACCAUCCUUUAGUGUGCUUGAACUCUCUUACAACAAACUCAGUGGUAGUAUCCCCCCAGGACUCGGUAAUUGCUCCAAACUCAGAGUGCUCAAGGCUGGGCACAAUUACCUCAGUGGGACGCUCCCUGAAGAACUCUUCAAGGCUACCUUGUUGGAGCAUCUUUCUUUUUCCAGCAAUGGUUUACAAGGGAUACUUGAUAGCACACAUAUAGUCAAACUCGGAAAAAUGGCCAUCCUUGAUCUUGGAGAAAACAAAUUCAGCGGAAUGAUUCCGGACUCCAUAGGUCAGCUCACGAGAUUGCAGGAACUCCAUUUGGACUACAACAGCAUGUCUGGGGAGCUGCCAUCAACCUUGAGCAACUGCACAAAUCUCAUAACACUUGACCUUAAGAGCAACAAUUUCAGUGGUGAACUCAACAAGGUCGGUUUCUCCAACUUCCCCACUCUAAAAACCUUAGAUCUUAUGCGGAACAACUUCAGUGGCACAAUUCCAGAAAGCAUAUACUCAUGCAGAAACCUGAUUGCACUACGGCUGUCUUCAAAUAAGUUCCAUGGACAGUUAUCAAAAGGACUCGGCAAUCUGAAAUCCCUCUCCUUCCUGUCGCUCGCAAACAACAGUUUUUCAAAUAUAACAAAUGCACUUCAGAUAUUAAGAAGCUCCAAGAACCUCACCACCCUUCUUCUUGGGAUGAAUUUCAUGAACGAGACCAUGCCACACAAUGCCAGAAUUGAUGGUUUUGAGAAUCUUCGGGUUUUGGCCAUUGACGAUUGCCUAUUGUCGGGGCAAAUACCUUUUUGGAUAUCAGAGCUAGCGAAUUUGGAGAUAUUGUUUUUGCAAGGUAAUCAACUCAGUGGACCAAUACCAGCCUGGAUCAACACAUUGGAAUACCUUUUCUAUUUAGACAUAUCAAACAACAGCCUUACAGGAGAAAUUCCGACAACAUUAAUGGCUAUGCCAAUGCUAACUUCCGAGAAGACUGCAGCUCAUUUGGACCCAAGGGUCUUUGAUCUGCCAGUUUAUGAAGGUCCAUCACUUCAACGCCGCAUACCAAUUGCUUAUCCUAAAGCUCUAGACCUAAGCGGAAACAAAUUUACGGGUGUGAUUCCUCCAGAGAUUGGUCAGUUGAAAGCCCUCAUUUCACUUGAUAUCAGCUUCAACAACUUGACAGGACCGAUCCCCCCAUCCAUCUGCAAUCUCACAAACCUGCAGGUGCUAGAUUUAUCCAACAACAAUCUCACAGGUGAAAUCCCAGCUGUAUUGGAGAACCUGUACUUCCUUGCCGUAUUCAACGUUUCUAAUAAUAACCUCGAAGGGCCUAUUCCAACUGGCAGGCAAUUUAAUACAUUUCAGAAUUCUAGCUUUAAUGGGAACCCAGAGUUGUGUGGCUCUAUGCUACUUCGUCGAUGCAGUUCAGCUCAUGCACCUCCAGUCUCCACAAAAAAAGGAAAAAGGAAGGCAAUUUUUGCAAUUGCAUUUGGCGUGUUCUUUGCAGGAAUUGCUAUUCUUCUGUUGCUGGGGCGUCUUCUUGUCCUAAUCAGGGUAAAGAGUUUAACAUCCAAAAAUAGAAGGGAGGAUAAUGGUGAUGUUGAAACAACUUCAUUCGACUCCAGCUCUGAGCACGAACUGAUCAUGAUGUCACAAGGUAAGGGAGACAAAAACAAGCUCAAAUUCUCUGACAUCGUGAAAGCUACAAAUAGCUUUGACAAGGAGCACAUCAUUGGGUGCGGUGGUUAUGGCCUAGUCUACAAAGCUGAGCUACCUGAUGGCUAUAAGCUCGCCAUCAAGAAGCUUAAUGGUGAAAUGUGCUUGAUGGAAAGGGAGUUCACUGCAGAGGUUGAAGCACUCUCCAUGGCCCAGCAUGAAAAUCUUGUGCCACUCUGGGGUUACUGCAUCCAGGGAAACUCGAGGUUCCUCAUAUAUUCUUUCAUGGAGAAUGGCAGCCUGGAUGAUUGGCUUCACAACAUGGAUGAUGAUGCCAGCACAAUGCUUGACUGGCCAACGAGGCUCAGGAUUGCACAAGGAUCAAGCAGUGGCCUUUCUUAUAUCCAUAAUGUCUGCAAGCCUCACAUCAUCCAUCGUGAUAUCAAAUCCAGCAACAUCCUACUGGACAAAGAAUUCAAAGCUUAUGUUGCAGAUUUUGGGCUGUCAAGGUUGAUCCUUCCCAAUAAAACUCAUGUCACAACCGAGUUGGUUGGCACUCUUGGUUACAUCCCCCCUGAGUAUGCGCAUGGGUGGGUGGCUACUCUGAGAGGUGAUAUAUACAGUUUUGGAGUUGUCCUGCUUGAGCUGCUCACAGGAUUGCGACCUGUCCCAGUCCUGUCGUCAUCAAAAGAACUUGUCCCGUGGGUGCUGGAGAUGAGGUCUCAGGGAAAGCAGAUUGAGGUCCUGGAUCCAACACUCCGUGGCACAGGGCAUGAAGACCAGAUGCUUAAGGUCCUUGAGAUUGCUUGCAAAUGUGUGAACUAUAACCCUAGCAUGAGGCCACCUAUCAUGGAAGUAGUCUCAUGCCUCGAAAGCAUCAAUACUGGCCUGCAGACACAAAAGUCACUCAAGACACAAUGCAGUUAACCAGAGAAUAUUGUAGCUAAAUGCAUACAGUAGAAUGUAGAUGUACCUUUCACUAGGGGUAAUAGUUUUGAGUUCGGCUAAUGUUAUAGUGCAUCUUGUACAGUUUCUGGCACAUAUGAGACCUAUGUAACUUUUUGAAGAAAGUAUUCAAAUGGAACAUCCCCCAUCCCCUUCUGUUCUUGAGGUGGUAUGUAACAUGUAAGCCCUGCUCAGUUUCUGGGUCAUUGUGAAAAAAGAAGCAAGCAAAAAAUCGACCAUUUUCAUUGAGUACCUUCCUAACCCAAGUACUGGCACUAAUUCUCCUAAGUGCGUUAAGUGCUAAUCAGCUUUAUGGCUCUGAUCCACCGAAUUCACAAACCACUGGAGCUUAAAGUAGGACGUGGAAUGUAUAGCUGCCAAUGAGCAUAAUACGGUGCCUGGUCGUUAAUUGGGAUAAAGCUGCCACAUGCUGAACAGGGUGUAGUAGAACAUUGUAGGAUGACAUGCUGAACAUGAAGAUGCAUUUCAACGGUCCAAAGUAAGAGAACAAACCAUGCAAGUGGAGUAGAGCACGGUGAAGAAUCCAAUCAAUUGCAGAACGCAGCCUCAACCGGCUGCACAUGACUAAGCCUGACGUGUCCCUCAGCCUGCUCGAUCUUGAUGCGCCUGGCCGUACAAAUACGAACCUGAGGACAACCCCCUUGUUGUCAACGUAGUGCCACUUGGGUGUCAAAGUCCGCAGGCAGCAUUUCGUCGAACAGCCUGAGCGCGCUGCUUCCGCGGCGCCUUUUUCCUGGCCCCAGGAUCGGCAUUCCACCGACGAGCCCGAGGACGUCGAUGAUGGCUGGAUCUAGGGAACGAGCUCGGAAUGCAAGGGCACGGCGCGUGGGUGCUGGUGGUGAUCAGAGGAAGGAGGAGCUACUGCAUAAUUCCCUUGUGAGAUGUGGUGGCCCGGCCGGGCGGCCGGUGAUCGGAGCAUGGAGCCAAUGUUGCGGGCGCCGGCACAACAAUUGGGUGUGCUCGGUCUACGGAAAGUUGCGCGAGGCGUGUAGCGAUGGCGUUGCCGGCGGCCGCCGAUGCCAGCGGGACGCCGGGACCUCGGCAACCGCCGUGCCGUG